CAACUCAGAUUACCCAUGUGUUUUUCUACGUGAAUCCGACAGCCGCAGAUUUUCAACAAAAAUAACAAAACUACACAAAGUUUUUAUCGAAAAAUUACUCGAAACUGAUCAAAAAUGAGCACAAUAUUAGAGAAGAUUGCGGCCAUCGAGUCAGAAAUGGCCCGGACACAAAAAAAUAAAGCAACAGCCGGACAUUUAGGACUGCUGAAGGCGCGACUCGCGAAACUUAGACGUGAACUGAUCACCCCAAAAGGGGGCGGCGGUGGUACUGGAGAAGGUUUCGAUGUGGCCAAAACUGGAGAUGCUCGAGUGGGUUUUGUUGGUUUCCCCUCUGUUGGAAAAAGUACACUUCUCAGUAAUUUGGCUGGUGUAUACUCGGAAGUCGCCGCGUAUGAGUUUACAACCCUUACAACUGUGCCUGGGUGCAUUAAAUACAAGGGAGCAAAGAUACAAUUGUUGGAUUUGCCUGGUAUCAUUGAAGGUGCAAAAGAUGGUAAAGGUAGAGGUAGACAAGUAAUUGCAGUUGCCAGAACUUGCAGUUUGAUAUUUUUAUGUUUGGAUGUGUUAAAACCUCUACACCAUAAAAAACUCAUUGAACAUGAAUUGGAAGGUUUUGGGUUGAGGUUGAACAAGCAACCUCCAAAUAUAUAUUUCAAGAAAAAGGAUAAAGGUGGAGUAAAUUUGAACUGCAUGGUUCCACAAUCUGAAUUGGACUUGGAAACUGUUAAGUCAAUUUUGUCUGAGUACAAGAUUCACAAUGCUGACGUAACAUUAAAAUAUGAUGCAACCAGUGAUGAUUUGAUUGAUGUUAUUGAAGGCAACCGCAUUUAUGUUCCCUGCAUUUAUAUUUUGAACAAAAUUGAUCAGAUUAGUAUUGAAGAACUUGAUAUUAUUUAUAAAAUACCACAUUGUGUGCCUAUUAGUGCUCAUCACCGAUGGAAUUUUGAUGAUCUUCUGGAAAAAAUGUGGGAGUAUUUGAAACUUGUUAGAAUUUACACUAAACCUAAAGGGCAACUUCCAGAUUACAACUCGCCAAUUGUAUUGCACUCAGAACACACAAGCUUAGAGGAUUUCUGUAACAAAUUGCACAGAUCCAUUGCAAAAGAGUUUAAAUAUGCUUUGGUUUGGGGUUCAUCAGUAAAACAUCAACCACAAAAAGUCGGAUUGGAACACGUUUUGAACGACGAGGACGUCGUGCAAAUCGUUAAGAAAGUAUGAAACGGAUGACAAUUAAAUUAAUUAAAAACGCAAGUUUGGUUACAUGUUGAAAUUUUAAGAAUAAACAGUUAAUUCAGCA